AUGCACUCAUCCCAGACACCUUCCCCCUUCCGCUUCUCGCGCCGCGACCCACCCUUCACGCGUCGCAGUGCCGGUCCGCAGUUCGCGCCCACCCCUCGAUUCCGGCUGUCGCAAACUACAACGCCUCACAAGGAUAGUAAUGAUGGUGCCGAUAUCAUAGACGAUGAUGAUAGACCCCCACCGACGCAGACGGAGGCACGAAACCCGCCGAGUUCUCGGAAUCCCAUCACACCGCGUCGACCCGGAGAAACAAUCGAGGACUCAGAUGAUGACGAGUUGUUAAACGAUAGAGCCACUGGGAAUGAUAACACAAAUGAGCUGGUCGACGAUGCUAUCGACAGUACCCCUCCCCAAGAACCGGAAACGCCUGGUGUUCUGGACGCGGACUUCGACGCGCUCUUCGCGCCAGGAGGUUCCUCCAGCUCACAGCGUAAUCCUCUCCCGGACUCGAUUCGCCCAUUAUCGCCUGAGGUGCGACAGCCACCGCUAGACACCUUCGACUCUCCGCAUCAAAACGCGACUAUGCAAGAGACUGGGCCCCAGAGAACGCCCGCUGGACCCAUGCGUCCACCUACACCAAGAGUCUCAACACCCGGAAGCACGAAAACACCAUUUCGAAGCCGUCCCCGCUUCAUGCUCUCGGCAAAGAAGACUCCCAGUAGCCUGCCAGCAGCAUCUACAGCCCAAACACCCUCUAUAUCGCGAGCAACCUCGCCACAUGAGAGACGCAAGCCUGCGUUCGUGUUGCCUCGCUCUCCAUCACCUACGACUGCCGGGGAGGAUAUCCCUGCGCCGUUCUCUCCUUCGUCGCGCACACUGCACCGUCGUGGUGGGCGGCGGUCUGGCGUACCGGGGUAUCUGCCAGGUGGAAUGGCAGCCGAGGUGCGCAGCUGGAUCCUAGAAGUCGGGACCAAGCGCGAGCAGCUGAUCAUGCCUGCUGGAUCUCAAAUCCAUGCCGGGCAAACUCGAGAUCCUUCUGCCGAUGAGCUGGGGAAAUAUCUUGUCGCUGCGCGUGUUACGCAUGCCACCCAGGUCUCGUGUAGUGGUUCUGGGCCUCUAGCGUUUAUCCAAGCCCAAAAAGUCAGCCGCCGUCCCAGAAAAGAUGGAGGAAUAGAAGAAACUGUCAAUCUCAUACUCAUGGGGCUCCCUCGAUCCAAACCCGGGACACACCUUUCCUCGCAACCAAACGCUGCCCAAAGAGUUACCAUUGAAUCUGGAGAUCUGGUUGGAGCUUAUCGUGGGUUGGCCUGGGAUGUGGCUUUGCCCUCUUAUCACGCCAAUUUCGAGGCCCAGGAACUUCAGUCUAAUUCAUCUAGAAAUGAUGGUUUGGCAGGCGAGAAAGAGAUCUGGCUCAUGGCCAUGGAAUGGGAUCUCAUUCAAAUGACAUGA